AUGGUAAAGAUGACUCCUCUCGACGAAGGAAGGAUCAGGCAAGGUUUGGCCAGGUAUCAGAAUCCGGACACAACCAAGAAGCACGUAGUGAGCGCUCUGAACGUUUACAAAGGCUUGCAAUACGAGAUCGAGCCUUUUGUUUUCAACGAUGGCUCUCGUAAGGAACUAGUCAACCUGCAGGGGACGAUACCUGUUGCUUUCAAAGGUGCCUAUUAUAACAUUCCGGUGUGCAUAUGGCUGAUGGACACGCAUCCCAAUAACGCGCCUAUGUGUUACGUCAAGCCAACCGCGGACAUGCAUAUCAAAGUCAGCAUGUACGUGGAUCACAACGGCAAGAUCUACUUGCCGUAUCUUCACGAUUGGGUGCCUCAUAAUUCCGACCUGCUCGCUCUGAUUCAAGUGAUGAUCGUUACUUUCGGGGAACAGCCUCCGGUUUACGCAAAGUCGAAAGUGGAAGCGCAACAGUCCAGUUCCACGCCGUAUCCCGUUCAACCGUUUAUGCCGAUGCCCGGCGGCGGGAACGUGUCCGGCUCCGGCUUUCCGCCGUACCCGACGAACUCUCAGUACUCCAGCGGCAAUAACAUUUACCCGCCUUAUCCGUCUACCGCGUCAUCGGGAUUCCCGUAUUCGGGGUCUUACAGUUCUUACGGAGGGAGCACUCCCAAUUACCCGGCGCAAGGUUACACCGGUUCAUAUCCGCCGUACCCGCCAUCUACGCAACCGUCACCGACAGUGCAACCUGGUUCCGGCACGAUCACAGAGGAACAUAUAAGAGCGUCUCUGCUGUCUGCGGUGGAGGACAAGCUUCGGCGCCGCUUGAAGGAGCAGUUUUCCCAGCUGCAGGCCGAACUGGAGACGCUACGGCGAACGCAACAGGAACUGACGAGCGGCUCGUCGCACCUUACCGAUCUGUUCGAGAAGCUUAAGAGAGAGAAGCAAGAACUCGAGAAGAAUGUGAAUAUCCUGCAGGAUAAGGAGGCGGAGUUGGAGAAGGAGAUCGCCAAGUUGUCCAAUAAUCAGUCGAUAGACGUCGACGAAGCUGUCACUACUAUAGCGCCAUUGUAUAAACAGAUGUUAAAUGCUUUCGCCGAGGAAGCCGCCACCGAGGACGCUAUAUAUUACCUCGCCGAAGGACUUCGUUCGGGCAUCAUAGAUUUGGACGCGUUUCUGAAGCAGGUCCGGCAGUUGUCGCGCAGGCAAUUUAUGCUGCGGGCGUUGAUGCAGAGAUGUCGACAGAAGGCUGGCCUGGCCGGCUAAGGGCUGUCCUCGCGUGCAGAAUCGUCUUAGAGUUGCAAUAUCGUUUUAGGAGUUACAAUACCGUUUCAUUACCGAUUAUUAUCGCACCACGCAAUGAGAAUGAGACACAAUUUCGGGAGAUUAUUUUGCCGACAAUAAGCAUACAACAGUGUCCUCGCGGUGUGGCGACGAGGAAAGCCGUGUUUCGCGGGAACGGACGUUCAAUGGAAUACGGAUGAUGCAAACACAUUUAUAAUUAUGUACAAUCAAGUAUACAAGUGUUCAUUCUCCUUGUUUCCGCAGUACUACAUUAUUAUUACUAUGAUGUUACAGUUUCAACUAGAUAUGUAUACCGACACACUGUACUCUGAUAUAUUUACAUUCUGUAUUCAGCGUAUUGAAUGUAAAGGACGAAUGCGAACCCUUGUAUCUUUUUUAAGGUGCAACGCGAUACGUUGCCGUAUACCUCACGAGCUUCAUGCCUUCAUUGUGAUAAGAAAUGAAAUAAAUUUAUGCGGUGAUAUAUAUAUAAAAUACUCACAAAUGCGUUUAUUCAACUAUGGUGUGUAUAAUAAAUCUUGAAAAUGA